GUAAAUCGACGUAGACAUUCACUCAUUCUCACCAAUAUGAAUCAGAGUUGGCGUUCAUGACCUCAUCCCACCCCUCGUGGAUGACUUCGACGCUAAGCUGGGCCUGAGCAGCAGCAGCAACAGCCAACCCCUGGCUAUCUGUGAACUGUCUGCGGCAGAGUUCGUGGAGAAAGAAAUGGUGGUGGAGGUGAACCUCGGCAAAUCGCGUCGCCAGCAUGCCACCCUAGCGCAGCGGGUCGAGGAGCUCAGCACGCAGCUCACAGCGCUGAAGCACGAGACGAGCACGCAGCUCACAGCGCUGAAGCACGAGACGAGCACGGAGCUCAAAGCGCAAGAAGACAAGGCGAAUGAGCGGUUCAGUGCGCUUGAGCUUGAGAGCAAGCUGUACCGCACGGUCGCUCUGCGGUAUGUCAUGAGCUGCACGCACAACAAGCUCGAGGACCGCUUCGGCGGCAAGCCGGUUGCGAUGGCGUGGUCCGACUACGUGACGCAGCUGCGGCAGCAGCACCACGACUACUUCGACCAGCACGGCCUGAACGAGGCGUGCCUCGACCUGCUGGAGAAGGGUUUCGGCACACCUUACCCCGGGGAAAACCCGGCCGCGCACCGGCCGCCGCGGGACGUUGUCGCGCAGGCGGCCGUGGAGGAGCCGUUGUGGAACACCUUGUUUGCGUUCAUCGACAACCAGCACGUACGGCAGGCGCAUAUGGAGGCCUAAACCAGACCUGUGACUUCGGGUGCCGUUUCGUGCAAGCCGGUACCAUAAUGCAUCAGCGACGUGAUUAUGUUGUGCGAGUUCGGGGUGGCUGUGCAUCAACCGUUGCACCCGCGUGCACAUGUUCAUGUCCUCAUCCGAUAUUGUUGCGUUGUUGGCGUCCAUGGCUGCAUGGGGUUUAUGCAUGAUUCUGGAGGUUCCUGGGGCCCGGGUGGAUGGCGGCGACAGUGAGUAAGCAGAAUAAUGAGGAGGCAAGGCAAAAUACUACUGCUAUCAGCGGAGCUCCGCCAGCGCGGGUGGUAUCCAUCCAGCGGCUGUCCAAGGUCGAGGCCUGGAGAAUGACCAAUUUGUGCGCCAGAUGGCCGGCUACCUGCCCAUGUUCAAGGCGGCGUUGGGGGCAAGGUUGCAAAGGUCGAAGAGCUAGGACUGCAGCGAGGCGCACCCGCUGGCGGCGGUGCUGGCCACCCCCGGCGCCGCCGCGCCGCCAAGCCAACGGAGCGCAUACCGUACCACUAGCCAAGCGCUUCGACCGGCCCGACCAGGGGAGGUGGUCAUGACCGCCAUUGCCUAGGCUAGACACGAGCGCCGGCCUCCACCCGUUGUUGGCCUGCUUGGCGGGUGGCUGAAUAGCUAGCAUCACAGGCUAGCUCGCUAGCGGCUGUUUGGAUAGGGUGUUAGUGCACGCGGGCUGGUCGCAGACGGGUGCGGGGCGCGGUGCGGGGCGCGCGGGUGUUUUGGCCGAGGUGCGGCAGCGGUGCUAAUGUCUUGCUUUCACCCAUAGGAGACGCCGUUGGGGCAGGAAAGGUGUUGAGCGACACAAGAGCAAGGCGAGGAACCUGAUGGUUUCCGCUCGAGCGCAGCGAGUUGUCGGAAACCAAGGUUUCCUGCGCUCGGAGUGUGCACAGUUGUGGGCCCCGAAGGGGCGUGGCGUGUGUGUGUUUGUUGUUUGGGGCCCAUGCGCGGCAUGGGCGGUGGGCCCGGGUUAGUAGCGGAGCGCUGUGUCGCGCUCGCUACUUUGCGAGUUUCGUUCUGUCAGUACUGACGCCGUCGUCCCUGGCUACGCUCUAUCUUUGCGUGGCUACACGGCGGUUCGGGCUCGCUUUGCCCGCGUAUAUUUUCUUUUAAUGCUUCUCUACUUC